AUGAACGGCUUCGCCCCCGAGGAGGUGACCCAGCGCGGGGCGGACCCCGCCGCUGCCGCCGCAGUGGUGGGCAAUGCAGGCUCCGCCGUGGAGGUGCCGCCGCCGCCGCCAGCACCGCCCGGCGUGGGUCUGACCGCUACUGCUGCGGCCUCGACGGGCGCCGGGAGUGCGGGCGGCCCCGGGGCCGGGCAGCUGUGCUGCUUGCGGGAGGAGGGAGAGCGGUGCGGCCGCGCCGCUGGUAACGCCAGUUUCAGCAAGCGGAUCCAGAAGAGCAUCUCGCAGAAGAAGGUGAAGAUCGAGCUGGACAAGAGCGCAAGACAUCUGUAUAUUUGUGACUUCCAUAAAAACUUAAUUCAGAGUGUGAGAAAUAGAAGAAAGAGGAAAGGCAGCGAUGAUGAUGGUGACUCACCAGUACAAGAUAUCGACACUCCAGAGGUUGAUUUAUAUCAGUUACAAGUAAACACACUUCGAAGGUACAAAAGACACUUCAAACUACAGACCAGACCAGGACUUAACAAAGCACAGCUUGUUGAAAUAAUUGGCUGCCAUUUUAGGACAAUUCCAGUGAAUGAAAAGGACACCUUAACAUAUUUCAUCUACUCGGUGAAGAAUGACAAGAACAAAACAGAUCUAAAGACGGAUAGUGGGGUUCAUUAAACGUUAAAGGUUGGGACUGAGAUUCAGGCUGCAAAUCAAAAGACUGAGGGGUUUUGUUGGUACCUGAAAGCUUUCUUUGUAACU